UCAUUAAUUUCCGAUUUUGCCCCUGACGGCAAGCCUUUUUCCGUUUAAUUUCAUUUACGGAUCUCCCUACUAGUCUCUAUCCUCCCCCAUUUCUUCCUGACAUUCGAAAACUUCCAUUUUUUCUUUCUUAGUUUCAGAUCUCAACUCCAUGCCUGUCACUAUGCAAAAUCUAUAGAUCCGAUCUGACCCCAAACUUAAUUUUGAUUCAACUCCAUCUCUGUCAAAAGGCAGUCUCUUACAUGCAAAACGAUGCCACUCUCUCUCUCUCCCAAUAUUUCUGACUCUCUCUCCCUUUUGUAAAGAUGAGAAGGGACCUGGACUUUUCACCAACAUCAGCAAAAUAAGCCAUAGAUCAUCUUAUCAUGGACUACAAUUCUACAGCGAUGUUGGCGUGCUCCUCACAUGACAUCCCUCAAUUUCAACAAUAUUGAGACCUUGACCGGUUCUAACUACAAGAAGUGGAAAGAGGAUGUUGAAAUGGUCCUUGGGCUUAUGGAUCUCGAUUUGGCAUUAAGAGAGGAAAAACCUGCAGCUGUCACUGCAGAGAGCACGGCAGAUCAUAAAGCAAAGGUUGAGAAGUGGGAGAGAACAAAUCGGAUGUCACUGAUGAUUAUGAGGAAAGCAAUGGCUCCAUCAGUUAAAGGAGGUGUUCCAAAACAAGAUAAUGCAAAAGACUUCUUGGCUGCAGUUGGGGAAAAGUUUAAAGAGUCUGACAAGGCAGAAACUGGGACUUUUCUAACUCAAAUUACUUCAAUGAAAUUUGAUGGUGAGGGAAGUGUCAGGGAACACAUUCUGAAGAUGGUUGAUCUUGCUCAAAAGUUGAAAGACCUUGAAGUACCCAUGACUGAUCAGUUCCUAGUUCAUAUGGCUUUGAACUCCCUGCCUUCAAAAUAUGGGCAGCUCAAAGUUUCAUAUAACACUUAGAAGGUUAAAUGGGGCAUUGAUGAACUGAUCA